AUGGCCACGAUCAAGGCCAAGGUCCGCAAGGAGAUCGACCUAGACAUCUCCGCCGUCUUUGCGGACAAGGAAGGCAACUCGCUGGGCGCUUGCUGGCACAACAACCUGGAAAUGUGGGGCUUCCAGCAUAGCGGCGACCGGGAUUCCGACGAGGACAUCAACGUGGAUCUUAUGCAGGUGCCUCUCAAGGUGCACCAGGUCUACAUCAUCGUUGAUCUGGUGGCACCCAACUACAAGGAGGUGAGCUUCAAGGACAUCACCUACGCCUCCUGCAUGGCCAGCGAUCAGAACUGCAAGACCCUUGCCAGCUUCACCCUAGAGAGCGAGAAGGAUGACUGCAACAAUCUGCCCGGUCUCAUUCUCUGCAAGCUGGUGCGGAACUCUUCGAAGCGCUGGGAGCUGGAAGCCGUGGGGACCUUCGUGCCCGGACCCUCCUGGAAGGAAGCCUGCCCAAUGAUUCUGCAGAUGAACACCUCGGCCAAGCAGCAAACGGAGGCCCAGACCCUCACAGCAGCAGCGGCAGAAGCCGCCACAAGGCGGAGAUCUCGCCUGGAAUACCGAGGUUCACUGCCUGCAGUGGCCCAGGGCGGGGCAGCUCUAUUCGCAGAGCCAGGCGAUGCAGAGCAAGGCUCUCCAGGUGCUCUAGCAGAGCCGGAGGUUGGGUCUCCCAUAACUCGGACCAUGUCCAGCCGUCAGGACUCCGAGCCGCCGAGCAUGGCGACCAUGUCCAUGACCAUGGAGAGCGGGGUUCCGGUGCCGAAGGACAUGGCGGCGAGGCGGCGCCAAAGGCCCAAGACGAACGGCAUGAUGGCCUCUUGGGAGGAGGCGCCCGCGCACAAGUCAGGGGAGUUUCCGGACAGUGUGCACGUGAUUCCCCCGGAAGUCGCGGACGAGUCGGAUCCAAUGCGAUGUCGAAACGGGCUGCGCCUCGGACUGAGCAACCUCCUCAAUGCUUACCCGCAGCACUUGUGCGCAUGCAGCUCAGGUGUUGGUACCAAGUUCAUGCCGACUGCUGCUGCCUUGGCGGACCCACGCCGGGAGCGAGUUCGGGACUCCCAUGCCGAGGUGCUGGCGCGGCGAGGCUUCAUGAGGUACUUGUACCGGGAGGCCCAUGCACUCGCUACAAAGACGGGAUCGGCUCCGGCACGGCUGCUCCAAGCUGGGGACACGAAGCUGGAAAUGCAGCAGAAUCUGGCGCUGCAUCUCUAUGUGAGCACUGCGCCUUGCGGGUGGGCAAGUUGUCGCCAAGCAGAGGCCUCCCAUUUCUUGGCCAAAGGCUCGGGGGACAAGGAGGCGCCUGCUGGAUGCGUGGGAGUGUCAUCGAGCUGCCUCGGAGAAGAUGGUGUGCCCUUGAGCUGCAGUGACAAGGUGGCUCGCUGGCAACUGCAGGGCCUGCAGGGCCUCCUCCUGAGUUCGGAGGUCCCAGCUCCUUUGCGGCUCAGUACUGUCAUCAUCGGCCGCAAGUUCGACCAUGCAAGCUGCAUGUCGGCCUUUGGUUGGAGCCAUGCGCCGGCGAUCCUCCAUGCUGACUUCAGCCUGGAGGCCACGCUGAAGUCUGUGCGAGCCUCGCUGGGCAUUUUGACGGAGGAGAGCCCCAAGGGCGAUGGAGAUGAGAGUUUCGUAUGGAGCUCUGGGGAUGUCCGAGCAGCGGCGCAUGACGGCAGGACCGGCGCGGCGCUGGAUUCCAGGGGCGUGAGCCUCCACGCAGCGCCCACCGUCGCGGGCGCCAGUCUUUUGACUCUCUUCAACGGGCUCCGCAAAGAACGGGGCCAGGAGGCGUCGGGGUACGCGGAGGCGAAGCGGUUGGCCGCCCGAGAGCUGAAGACGACGCCAGAGAGGUGCGCGGGAUUUGAGUGGGAAGCGCUGGGAGGCCCAGCUUGCUGCAGAGACUUGGCGCAUUGCAGCAGCUUCAGCUGUGAUCCAGGCUAUGGGCUCCGAAACCAGUACUGCGAGUCCUCAGGAUACUGCGCAGAGCAGCAAGCCGACAAGGCUGUGUGCCAGGGCUUGGUCUAUGCGUCUUCCGCCGCAGAUGUCCACCGGUGCUCCGAAGAAGGGGUUCGAUGUGGACCUUGGCAAGACACCAAACUUGCCGUGUCCCGCAUCCGCGAGGUUGAGAUCGGUGACAUGAUUGUGGACUCGCUUGGCAUUUUGAUGCUGGCAGUCGCAGGCGUUUUCAGAUUCUCAAACUGGAACAGGUAUUUGUUCCUCGCAUCCUUGGCCAACUUCAUGGCUGACAUGUGGUUGGAGGCCAUUCUUGUAGGUGUCAGCGCCGAAGCCAUCGAAGCAGUGGGCACAGUCCGAGGCAGUUUCUGCUUCUCCUAUGGUGAUGGGAUUGCCAGCUUGAUCAAGCUGGAGGAGCUCAUGGAUUCCAUUGUGACCUUCGCCUGGACCAACAUCGGGCUAGCCAUCGCAGGUGCUGUGUUGGAAGUGGUCGACACGUCCUGUCAAGCACUUGCUUCGGAAGGGCUGAGCAUGACUGCCAUGUUCUUAGUUAUCUUCGUUUCACUGUCAGAACUGGGAGUGGGAGUGGCGAGCUUCAUCCAGAACACCCAAAAGCUGGUUGAGGAGAUCGAAUUUAUGGAAGCUGUAAGCCUUGGCCUUGAGACAUUUGAGGAUGGCCAUGCUUGCUUCGUCAGGAAUGUGGAUUUGGCCUCUGCAGCAGUGCUGGGUGUGGAGUGGACCUCUCAUUUCUGGAUUGUUUUUCCAGUCUGGAUUGUUCUUCCAGUCUGCUUGGUCACCUUCGUUUACACGCUGGUGAUUUGCCUGGCUUGUUGUUGCAGCUAA